UGUCGUGUUUUGGAUUUGCGUGCUCGUCCCGGCAAAAUAAUUCGCAAAAAUGUCCAACAAAAAGAAUAAAGAAUUGCAAAAUGAGAGUGAAAGUGAAGAGGAGCAGAACUCCGCCAGCGAUCAUGACUCCGACGUGGAUUCUGAUGGAAAUUACGUCGGCGACAAGGAACUGCAAGCCGACUUCGAAGGCCGCAACCCUGAGGACUGUGACUUCCAUGGUAUCAAACAACUCCUUAGACAGCUGUUCCUCAAAUCUGAUGUUGACCUAGGAGGACUUGCACAGAUUAUCAUUUCACAAAACUAUGUAGGCAGUGUAGUCAAGCAGUGUCUGGACGAUGUCAUGGAGGAUGAUGAUGAAGAUGAUGGGAGUGAUGGAGUCUUUGGAAUCACCACUGUCAUAAACAUCACUAAGAGAAAAGACGAAAAUUGCAUAAAACAAAUCAGGAACCUCCUCACAACACUUGCAGAUGAAAACGCAGACGAAAAGACCAAAGCUCUUGUUAAGAAGAUUCUCACUAACGAUUCAGAGUCUGUGGGUUUCGUCAUUAAUGAAAGGAUCCUAAAUAUUCCAGCUGCAAUCAGCGUGCCGCUGUUCUCGUCGCUGCAGUCCGAAGUAGAGAAAGCAGUGAAGAAGAACAUGCCAUACACAUUCCAGUACCUCGUUUGGAUCAGCAAGACUUAUAACACUGGAGACGAAUCGUCAGAAGUACUGUUCGCGAACCAGGAAGAAAAACCUCUAGUCGAGGAAGCAUUGGCCAGCUUCGAUGUGGACGUUACUGAUCAAGCUGAGCUUUCGCAGUGGGACUACGAGGGCGGAUCUAUGACGCCGUGCAGAAAGGUUCUAAUCUUCGAAGGCAAAAAAUUCAACCACCUAAUACGACUUAUGAAGCAAGAGGUGGAGAGCGCUUAAGUUGCAUUUUCAUUAUAAACAAUAUGCUAGUGAUGUAUCCAUGCCAUACAUUUAAUGUAUUUAUAUUUUUAUUACUA